AUGGUUGAGUUCAUGUGUGAGGUACUUAACGAGCACUCCGACCAUCGCUAUCGUUCUGGCUCCAAAGACAGUCGCAACGGAAAUGGGUCCGGAAACGUACGCAACGGAGCAACACGUGGGGGGCUACGUUACAAUGGCACAUCGUAUUAUUGCCGUUCAAGUGGGCAACGACGUGAAGGCAAUUAUCGCCGUGAAAAUGUCGGAGGAGUCCUUUCUCCGGAAAAGCUGCACAAAAAUUUCUCGUUGAGUAGCCAAGAAGCGAAAAUAUUCGGCGAGGCUGUAAGGGGAAUCAAAGUACGCAUUACACAUCGAGCUGGCGUUGUGCGUGUUUAUCGCGUCAACAGCUUGCAGCUUCCGGCCGACCAGCUUUGGUUUGAAGGCAAAGAUGAAGAGGGGAACGAACGCCGAAUGACAGUGGCUGAUUACUUCGGCGAACGUUAUGCUGAGCUGAAGUACCCGAAACUGCCCUGUAUACAUGUCGGCCCCGUGAACCGUAACAUCUUCUUCCCGCUGGAAGUUUGCGUACUGGACACACCUCAGAAGUACAACAAGAAACUUAACGAGAAACAUACUUCGGCUAUCAUUCGAGCAGCAGCAGUGGACGCCGUUUCACGUGAACAACGUAUUGUGGCACUUUUCGAACAGGCUGGCUUUCAAGAAGAUCCGUUUUUACGUGAAUUCGGAUUGCGCAUCAAUCCAGAGAUGUGUGAAACAACUGCUCGCGUUCUCACGCCACCACGUAUUCUUUUCGGUGAAAAUAACCGACGUGCCGACCCGAUAGUGAUACCAAAAGACGGCGCCUGGUCAAUGGAUAAUCAACAACUGUAUGUGCCAGCAAGCUGCAAAAGCUUUUCGAUGAUUGCACUAGUCGAUCCGCGUGAACAGAAUCAGCUCCAAUCGUUUUGCCAAGCAAUCGCUCAGAAGGCUUGUCAGAUGGGAAUGAAAUUCCCGAGCUGGCCGGAUCUCGUCAAAUACGGUCGUACAAAGGAGGACGUCUUCAUGCUGUUCAAUGAAAUUGCCACCGAAUAUGAGCAAACCGGCACAAUCUGUGAUCUGAUUAUCGUCUGCGUGUUGAUGAAAAGCGUAAGUCGCCCGUCACCGGUCACUUGCUGCAACCUCAUCCUGAAACUGAACAUGAAGCUUGGUGGGAUUAAUUCACGUGUUGUUGCUGACUCGAUCACACGCAAGUAUUUGAUCGAUGUUCCCACGCUUAUCAUCGGUAUCGAUGUCACGCAUCCCACGCAACAAGAAGAGCGCCAGAAUAUCCCGUCUGUUGCAGCUAUUGUGGCCAAUCUGGACCUUUAUCCGCAGUCCUACGGUGCAAACAUCAAAAUCCAGCGCAAGUGCCGCGAAUCGGUAGUUUAUUUGCUGGAUGCAGUACGUGAACGCCUUGUGGGCUUUUAUAAGGCAACAAAUCAGAAGCCUAUUCGCAUUAUUGUUUAUCGUGAUGGCGUUUCGGAAGGACAGUUUAGUGAGGUUCUGCGUGAGGAAAUGCAAGGUAUCCGAGCAGCAUGUUUGAUGCUUGCAACGGAUUAUCGUCCUCCAAUCACCUACAUUGUAGUCCAGAAGCGACAUCAUGCGCGGAUGUUCUGCAAGUAUUCGCAGGAUGCUGUUGGCAAAGCAAAAAAUAUCCCACCAGGAACGACUGUCGAUACGGGAAUUGUCUCACCGGAAAGCUUCGACUUUUAUCUUUGCUCACAUUUCGGCAUUCAGUCAAUCACCUAUAGCAUGUGUCACACAUACGCGCGUUGCGCUCGCUCCGUUUCCAUACCUGCGCCAGUUUAUUAUGCCGAUCUUGUUGCUACCCGUGCUCGAUGCCAUCUGAGAAGAAAAAUGGGCGUCACCGAAAUGGACGUAAAGUCGGAAUCUACGUCAAUGAUUUCAUCCUCGCUUUCAUCGCUGAUUACUGCUGGCCGUAUUGAAGGCUUGAAGCAUAUUGUGCACGAUGGCGAACUUUGUGAUGAAGAAAGCGGCAAUGUGGGUUUCUCAACAGUCAUAAAAAAGCCGAGUUUUUUCCGGGUUACCUUGGUUUCUAACUUCUGUCGCCUUCAGUAUUUAUAA